AUGGGCCUAUUCGGCCACAUGCGCAUCCACGAGAGCGGAAUUGACCACAAUUCCGACACACCCACCACAUCCACCAUGCCCAGCCUGACCGUCGUUCCAUCGCCCGCGCCCAUCACCACCACCACCACCACCGCCUCCUCUCUCCCUGACGCUGACACCGUCAUCCUCUCAUGCCGACACUGUCCACGCACAUUCACCUCACGCAUCCGCCUGGUCGGUCACUUGCGAAUUCAUCGCACUGGCGAACCAGCGCCUGGAGCACCAACCUACACCCACCGCACAUGCCUCCACUGCCCACACUGCCCUCGCACCUUCACGCAUCGCAUGGGUCUAUUCGGCCACAUGCACAUUCACGAGAGCGGAAUUGACCACAAUUCCGACACACCAACCACGUCCAACACGCCCACUAUGCCCAGCCCCACCAUCGCUCCAUCGCCCUGCGCGCCCAUCACCAUCACCACCACCACCACCGCUUCCUCUGCAGCUGACACCGACAUCGCAAUUUUCUCGUGCCCACACUGCCCACGCACGUUCACCGCACGCAUAUACCUGGUGGUCACUAACGAAUCCAUCUCACAGAGACUGAAGAACCAGUGCCUGGAGCACCAACCUAUACCCACCAAGCUCGACUCAACUGCCCACACUGUCCUCGCACUUUCAGGCAUCGCAUGGACCUAUUCGGCCACAUGCGCAUUCACGACGACCUGCGGUAGACAACCGCCGGCUACACCUUACCACAACACCCGCCCUGCAUCCACUACCACACCAUACAUCAACACUCACCCACCGCAAGUACCCAGCUGCCGCCCCCCACGCAAGUGGGAAGUGUGCAUCUCGACUCGGUCCCCAUGCGGCUCCAGUUGCACGGGUGACCUGAGUCAGAGACUAUCCCUAAACGUCAAGCGUCGUGGAUAA